AUGGAGGAUUUGGAUUCUGCAGGAAUUAACUUUGGAGUUAUCUCUUUUUUUUAUUUACUCUCAAUUUUCUAUAUAUUGAAAUUCAAUUCUAAAAGUUUUAUGAAAACAAUUACAAAAACUAGAUAAGAAAAUGAAAAAUGUUUGGAUUAAAUUUCAGAGGCGUUUGUCUUUUUUUUUUUAGAAUAAAGAUAAGGCCAUACAUUGGUAAAAUUUUUUUAAUAUUGAGAUUUGUAUCGAAAAAGUAGUAUCUAUCUUUGUAAUAUUUACAAAUUAAGAAAUGGCAUAAUCAAUAUUUGGCUCAUAUAACAGCAUAAUAAAUGACAAUGAAGAAAAUUUAGAAUAUUUAUAUGUCUAUCUGAUUAUACCAUUAAUAGGCUUUGGGGGAUAUUUUUUAUAAAAGGUUUUUUAUUAUUUGAAUUAUUGCUUCUAUGAGAAAUUCAUAUAUUAGAAAUUAGUAAUAAAAUAUCGAAAAUUGUCAAAAUUCGCAUUUUCAGAUCCUCGAUCAAGAAGCAUGUUUUUUUUUGGAUAUAUUAUUACUAAUUUGAUAGUAAUUUUAGUAGUUUUCAGCGAUUCAAAUAAUGGAAUAUUCAGUAGAUGUGUAAUUUAAGCAUUGAUAUCAUCUGCUAUAUAAAUAUUUGGAUUUGAAUUGCUUUUUGUGUUUUUAGCAGUCUUUAUGAUGAAAGUAGAUGAUAAAAUUUAUGCAAUAAUAUUUUAAUAAAAAAAGGAGAAAAUAAUAUUAUCUGAACACUCCUAGGUAAUAAUUAAUUUAAAUAAAUGAUAGAUUAACUAAAAUGAUCAGGAAUCAAAUCCAAAUUUAGAACCCCCAUCAUGAG